GGAGGCGGAGAGGGCUUCCAACUUUGCUCCAAUCCGCGGCCGGCCCUCCCCGGGGUCCCCUGCUGGGUGACCCGCCCGCCACUGACUGAGUCGAAGGAACUUCGCCGAGCUCCGCUUCAGAGCCCGGGAAGGCGAGGUGCUCCCCCUCCUCCUCUGCCCUCCCUCUGCCCCCGCCUCCCGGUCCUCGCCCAGCCGGGAGCGCCAGCGAUAGGACAAGCCCCGGGCGUGCAUUGUGUAUAUGCAAACCAGAGGCCGGCUCCCCAGGUCUGUGCGACCCGGACGGGGCUGCGGCAGCGGCUGGCGCUGCUUGGGGUGCCGCAGCCCUCGCCGGAGCCCUGCACUGUCAUGCCCCCGCCGCGCGGCGGGCCAGUGCGUCCCCGAGUCGCUCUAUAAGCGCAGGCCAGGGGACACCACCCGGAGGGGCUGAAGAUGAGGGUGCCCGCGCAUGGGCCCCCGCUGAGUGCCAACCCCUCCCGAGCCCGCGCCCCGCGCGGAGCCCGCGGCCGCCGAGGACCCGCCUUCGCCGUAGUAGCAGCUGGAGCUGCGACAGAGGCAGCAGCUGCGGCGCCGGCGCCGGUUGCGCUAGCGCGUAGAGAGGCGGCCGCAGCUCCGGGGCCGCCGCUGCCCCGGCUGCCAUGAGUUGUGCGGAGGUGAUGUAUCACCCCCAGCCGUAUGGAGCGCCCCAGUAUCUGCCCAACCCUGUGGCAGCUGCAACCUGCCCCACAGCCUAUUACCACCCGGCGCCCCAACCUGGCCAGCAGAAGUUAGCGGUAUACAGCAAGAUGCAGGACUCUCUGGAAGUCACCCUUCCCAGCAAACAAGAGGAGGAGGAGGAGGAGGAUGAGGAGGAGGAGGAGGAGGAGAAAGACCAGCCUGCCGAGAUGGAGUACCUUAACUCUCGCUGUGUCCUUUUCACUUAUUUCCAGGGAGACAUUGGGUCAGUAGUGGAUGAACACUUCUCAAGAGCUUUGGGCCAAGCCAGCACCCUCCAUCCAGAAUCUGCCAUUUCAAAAAGCAAGAUGGGGCUAACCCCCUUAUGGCGAGACAGCUCAGCUCUCUCAAGCCAGAGGAGUAGUUUCCCGACUUCCUUUUGGACCGGCUCUUACCAGCCCCCACCUGCCCCCUGUUUGGGGGGCGUUCAUCCUGAUUUCCAGGUCACUGCACCCCCUGGCACAUUUACUGCAGGCGACCCGGGCCCCUGGCCAGGACAUGGCCUGCAUCAGACUGGCCCUGCCCCUCCCCCUCCUGCAUCUGAGUCUUGGCACUACCCUCUGGCAUCUCAGGUGAGCCCGUCCUACAGCCACGUGCAUGACAUGUACCUGCGACAUCACCAUCCCCACAUGCACCACCGCCACCACCACCACCACCACCAUCACCACCACCCUUCUGCUGGCUCUGCCCUGGAUCCAGCCUAUGGGCCCCUGCUGAUGCCAUCUGUGCGUGCGGCCAGGAUUCCUGCUCCCCAGUGUGACAUCACAAAGACAGAUCCAACUACAGUCACCACUGCUACCUCAGCGUGGGCCGGAGCCUUUCACGGAACCGUGGACUUAGUGCCAAGUGUGGGGUUUGAUACAGGUCUACAACAUCAAGACAAGAGCAAAGAAUCCCCAUGGUACUGAAACACACAGUAUUAGCAAGUCAGGUUAGAGUGUGAAUCCAUGGACCCACUGGAAGAAGAUGCUGCCAGGGUUUGUCAUUCUGCGAUGGGACACAGUAGAUGUGGAAGGAGAAGAGGAAAUGUUAUCCAGCUGACUUUGGUUUGGAAACUUUGCUUGAGAAAGCAUAGUGGGUCCUAGACAUUGAAGAAAAGCAUUUUUGUUUAUUUUUUCCCUCAUCUGAGCCUUUGCCAACUGUGCAACUCUCUUUUAUUUUUUGUCUUGCUUUUAUCAAUAUACAGUUUAAUUUUUGUUUCAGUUUGACUUUUUUUCUUUUUUCUUUUUAAGCCAACCACCUUAUCAGGAAGAGAUGAAAUACAAAGAAAAUGCCCAUUCUUUCAGGAAUACAAUUUUGUAGCUCUAUGUGCAUCUAUUUUUGUAGAAAUACAGAAAGUUUGGUUUAGCAUGGAUGGGCUAUUUUUGAGGGAAGUGGUUUUUUUUUUAAUAAUAUAAAAUUGUUGAGUUCUGUUUAAAGAACUUGCUCUCAGAGAAGCACUGGCAAAAAAAACAAAUGUUUAAAAUGCUUAUCUUUAAGAUGUCUGUGAUAUGCUCUGUGCUUUCUAGGUUACCUCAAAUGUUUGAUAGUUUCUCCUUUUUUACAAAAGUAGCACCAUAGCCAAGCCAAUAUAGUAUUGUUUUACAUUAAAUCUCAGUGAAGAUUUAAUUCUGUGUUAGCUCACUUAGCUCUGAGUUAUAUGUAUAGCUUGAAAAGGAAGUUUUUUCAUGACCACACUAAAGAAAGGUUAUUUCAUCACUUCAGUUUCUCCCAAAGAGUGCUUGGAGGUUGACAUUAAGAAGAAAGUUUGCAUAAACUUUCAAUCAGAUGGAGAGUUUUCCUAGAGUAUAUAAUUCUCUUUCUAGUCAAUCUGACUUUGAUAAAUGGAACCAGAGUUUAUAUCCAUCUACUGGAAAAAAAAAAAUGCAUUUAACCAUGCUAACUUUGAGUGCCAGUGACUUAUUUUUGUUGUUUAUAAUUAUUCAUCCAUCACAAUUUUUUUUAUAUUUUAAGUGAUUCUUUUUUUCCUGAAGAUAAUCUGAAGGGAUAAUAUUUGUGAAGGUACUACACUCAUCACAAAGCCUCAAAUUCAAUGGCUGUUUCUGAGGAUAUUAUCCAUCAUUGUGAAUUGAAAAAUAAUGUAUUGUAUAUGUAAUAUUUUAAACAGAGGUUUUUGCAAAUCUUCUUUGUCUUUUUAAAUUUGGUUUCAGUUGAUUUAAUUCUUUUUAGGAAAAAAAUUGGGGGCAAUAAAUUUAAACAUGGAUUUAUACUACAAUUACUGAAAUUCAGUUAAUAAAUUUACAGUUUAUUAUUUGAAAUUUACUAUUGAUAACUCAAGAUUCACCUUGACAUGGCCCUGAGGAUCUAAAUAAUAAGUUGGAUUUAUCAUUAAGAUGUUAUUAUGAAAAUAUUAGGAUUAUCAAAGUAGCAGUUAUUGGGAUUUUUAAGGACUUUCAAUGAAAAGUCCAUUCUUUCUUUCAGAUGCUUCCAAAGAUGGAUCAUGUUAAAAAGGUAGUGUUAUAUAGAAGUUUAGAUUGUUAAAAAACACUUCUCAAAUUUUUCUCAUCCUGUCCUCACCUAUGUGAAAUUCAAUAUUUAGUGAAAUAUCAUUUUCCAUCUUAAAUUGUAUAUCUCAUCUGUGCAAACAAUUUAGAUAUAAGAGCAACAUAAUCCCUGCUUAGCUAGGCAGAAUUCUCACAGGUAAUUUUCAAAUAUUUCCCUUAACUCUAUUGUUAUGUAGUAGUAUUCUUUCCUGAUGCAUCUUAUGAGUUAUAAAUCUAUACACUCCUAUAUUUUCAUCACUGUAUUGUUUCUUCUUAACCAGACUCCCCUGAACACAGUAUAUAAUUUUUUUACUAACCUAAGGUCCAAAGUUAAGUAUCUUCCACUUACCAAUGAUAGGAACUUACAUUUCUAGGGAGCAGCUUGAUUAAAUUAGCUAUCCACAUUUUGAUCUAUGAUUUGAUUUGAUAUGAUUAUUUAUAAUUUGCCUAAGUUUGUGGUGUACAGACUUGAAUGAAUCCAUAAAAUUAGUUUCAUUUUGAAUUCUCAAAGACAAAUAUUCAGUAACUCCCAUGGGAUGACUCACUAGGCAUUUUUUCCUCCUCUUUCCUUGGAACCUAUUAACUUCCUUAGAACAGUGUUGUCCUCCAACUCAUUCAGAUCAUCCAAUUGGAUUUCUUUAAUUAUGGGGGGGGGGUAUUAACUCUUUUCCUUUCCUUACUUUCUAUUGAGUCAAAUUGAAGGAGAGAGAGCUGACAAUUAGAUGGCUUCACCCUGAAUUUAGACUGCCCUGUGUCUCUCCUGGUAACUCUCUGAUAAGACAUUCCUUGGCUCUGGGGACUCAGGAAAAGUUGGGGACCUGAAUUCUGUGGUACGCAGGAGAGAUUUGUAUGUGAGAUCCUCCACUGAGAACAGGAUCAGGUGUUGCUGACACAUUGUGAGGAUUAGAUCCUUGAAUAUACAAGGAGUGGAUCAAAAUCUAAAUCAAAAAAGAAUUGAGUGCAAGUAUCUCUAAUUGUCUGGCAUUCCAUUGUUACAAUCAUGUUAGCAUUACCACCAAAAGUCAUAAAAGAGAAUGAGUUGUAAUUUAACACGACAUUCUGCGUUUAAGUUUAAAAUGCUGUCGCUCUCUGGGUUUGGUUUUCUUGCAUUAAUCCCAGAGGCUUCCAGAUUCCUUUAUGAAAGGCUAUCCUCUCCCUCCCCAAUUUCAUUUGGAACCACUCCACCUUUGGUUAUUUUACAAUUGAACUUUAAGCUUUCUAAAGACCUAUGAGCUAUACCCUAGAAAAUAAUCUCAUUUAUUUGACACCUAAUCUGUGCUUCAACCACUGAACUAUCACGAGCUAAGGAACAACAAAAUAAGUUCCCAUUGUGGCACAGUGGAAACGAAUCUGACUAGGAACCAUGACAUUGCAAGUUGGACCCCUGGCCUCGCUCAGUG